AUGUACUCCUGCGCCAACUAUCCUCGCGGCUGCCGUGGCCGUGUGAACAUUCAAGGAGGCAAAUGCCCCGACUGCGUGCAAUUGAAGCUCCGUCGUCCGACCUCGCCGUCGCCCUUCGCCCAGCCCCGAGAUUACCGCCGCGCGUUGCCCUCGGAAAUCCUGAAUGACUCGCCCUUCAAGGCCGUCGUCCGCGAUCUGUGA